AUGUUGAGUUUCUUAUUUUUGCUUGCUACUGCGGAAGAGCAAAACAAGAAAAAACUAAAGGUUGGAUACGCAAAAACACUUACAGAUAGCUAUUUCACGAAAUUUGUUGAAAAAAGGAAGAAUAAGAAAGAAAUUUGGGUUAUCAUGCUUCAUACAGAAGGAAAUAAAUUUUCAGAUGAGGCAUUUCCAAAGUUUAUUAAAGCUUCAAAUCUUGCCGAGGGAAUAUUCAGAUUUGGCAUUGUUUACACUAAGAGAAACCCAUUAACAGCUAGAAAGUUUGUUGCCAAAUCGGUUCCGUCAUUUUGGGUAUUCCAUGAGUCAGGUAAAACAGAAUAUGUCGGUGAUGGAGAGCCAUCUGACAUUAUUAAUUUUUGUUCUGAAUAUUUGCAUGAUUAUACUCACGAAUUCGAUCCAACUUGGCUGGAGAACUCCACUAAAUCGUUAGCUGUACUAUUUACAGAAAAAGAAGCAACUCCAAACCUUUGGAUGGGCCUUUCAAAUUCAUUUCAUGGAAAUCGUAAAGUUAGAAUAGGAAUUACCCAUAGCAAAGACUUGAUAAAGCAAUUCCAAGCCAAUCCACCUGAAAUUCGUUUCAUGAAUUCAACUCUUAACUAUACAUACGUUGGAAAGAUCGAAUUCCGUCAAAUACAGCGUGAUCUUAAUGCAUUUAUCGAUAAGCAACUUCGUAUACCAGGCGAAAUUCCUGAUGUUGUGCUUGAUUCCACCGAAUUUUCAAAACAUUGCAUCGGCGGUGUUCAUAAAUGCAUAAUUUAUACAAAGGAUACAGACCAAUUAGGUUGGAACAGACUCCGCGAUAAAUACGCAAGUAUGAACUACGUUUGGUUCCAAGGAAAGAAAGAACUUCCUUGGAAAUUCCUUAAAACGGCCAAUUGCUGGAUCUACAAUCCGAAGACAGAGAUGCUCAUCAAAGUUGACAGUAUGAGCAGCGUUGGCCCAACUUUGGAAUCAAUUUAUUCAGGUGAGGCUUCUUGGCUGCCUGUCGAUCACUAUCUUUCAAAUGAAUUGUAG